GAGUGAACCUCUUAUCUCUUAUUCACAACUGAUAGCCAUGUUCCACCAUGAAAAUAUACAGUGCAAAACACAUCAACAAAAAUGGUGACAUUAGCUUCUUCAUCUCUCUGCAAUUCCUCUUCUUCACUUAUCCAUUCCUCAAAAACUUCUCUACCCAAUUUCGUUACAUUCUCUUCCUCAAGUUAUUACAAGAAAAGGGGAAAAUCGCUUGCAAGUCGUAGCCUUGGAAUUGUAGCUGCUACCGAAGGCUCUGUUAACAAAUCCAGUGGAAAAGAUGAAGAAAAACAAGAAGACCCAUCAGUUCCUACAUGGGCUAAACCCGGUACGGAUGAGCCUCCACCAUGGGCUAGAAAUGAAGCACAGAAAGAUUCUUCAAGCUUUCAAGUUCCAUUCAUUGUUUAUUUGCUUGCGUCUGCUGUCACAGCAAUUGCAGCGAUUGGUUCUAUUUUCGAGUACACGAAUCAGAAACCUGUGUUUGGAGUUUUGGGUUCAGAUAGUGUUUUUUAUGCUCCCUUGCUUGGGUUCUUUGUUUUCACUGGCAUUCCCACUUCUGCAUUCCUUUGGUUCAAAUCAGUACAAGUUGCUAACAAGGAGGCAGAGGAACAAGACCGCAGGGAUGGAUAUAUGUAACAUCUAAUAUGCAAUUUUUAGGUGAUAUCUGCAGCAUCUUUAUAUGCAUGUUCAGAUGCUGCAUGUUAGUGGUUGUUUCCAAAGAAAAUUAUCAUGGAAAAUGGAUAUUUCUCUCGAGGUUUAUUCUUUCUAGAGCAGCAUCAGUGUACAAAUUGUCUUCUCAAUACUUGUUAUUCCACUUUAUCAAUUUUGUAUCUAUCACUUGUCUAAAAAUCUUGGAUUACCAGAUUUUACCUUUCCA